CAUUCUUGCCUAACAUUUCCAAGGUCACACCUCUCUAUCAGACCUACCUCCUCACUGCAAAAGCUGCUGCUCAGCAAAGCAGCAAAGAUAAAAAUGGUAAAUAAACCAUGAGCAGUGAUUAGCUGUGUUUUACUGUGAAGUAGUGAAAUAAGGACUUUGCAGCUUACUCAGACCUGCAGAGCUCCAACACACCUCCGCUGUUUGUUGAGCUCCUGGCCAGUUUCAUGAUGGGGCCUUUGAAAGCAAUGCAAAAGAUCAGUGGAUCCGACUGGUCCAACGUGACCCUUCAUCUGGAGGAGUCCCUCACCAGUGCUUUGGAUCAAUAUCUGAACAACUGGAGGCGUAACAUCACAGCUGCAGCCGACGCUCUGGACAAGACUCUGGCUGAGGAGAACUUCAGGGACGUCAUCUGGUAUCUGGCGGUGAUGAUCGGCAUGUUUGCCUUCAUCAUUGUGGCCAUGCUGGUGAGCACAGUCAAAUCCAAAAGGGGAGAGCACUCCAAUGACCCCUACCACCAGUACAUCAAGGAGGACUGGACCACUCACAUACAUCAGGGUGAUGUAACUAACUUUCCAUCUGGAUAAUGCAAGAACAGACAUGAAGCUCACAGCUAGUCUCUGCUAUCAUCAGUUGCAGAGGCAGCAACAGAAACAGAUUUCCUUUGUUGUGUGUCCAUUAUUAAUCACAACCAAUGUGUUAUUGUGUCACAUAUCUUCCCACAAACCUGUAAAAUUAACUUUUUAUCCAAACCCGUCAUGUUUCAAACACGUUGAUUGGAGUUGAUUUGAAAUGGCAUCCUAUGUAACAAUGAUAAUUACAGAAAUUGCAAGAUGGAAAGAUUC